GUGACUGUAUGUAUAGCUAUAUGCAGUGCUAUUCAUGUAUUGACUGUAUGUUUGAAUUGAGAGUAAAAACAAAUUUGAAAAUAACAUCAAAGAAAGACUGAGAAGUGAUUGUAGUUUAAGACUUACCACUCAUUUAAAGCGAUAUAUGAGUAGAUAAUCGUUAUAUUUUACUAUUAUAAGAGACCAUUAGUUGAUGUCUAACUGUUAGACCAGUUGUCAAGUGAUAGCAAUCUGAAGAUAUAAUAGAAAUAAUCGCAACAAAUGGCAAAUAAUCCCAAAUUAAUAGUCAUUUCCAAUGGAGUGAACCAUUCGGUGCCAUCACUUCCAGACUCACCACCGAUUGAUGGCAACCAUCACUCCAAUGGAGACAUUGUCCUCAACGGUGACCACGAGUUCGAUGAUAUGCAGCGCACACCACAAGACGAUCGCAUCAAACGACGAGCUAAGAGGCCAUCGAAGUCGGUCUUCUUCACCAAUGGAUCCAUGAAUGGCAUGAAUGGGUCGGAUGAAGAGCAUCCAGUGAUCAAAGGUACAGGGUCACUCGACUCAUACCUGGAUCCGCUCGUCCCUAAGCCUACCAACGGAGCCAUGUCAAAAAGCUUACCAAAAAUAGUCGUCGAUCUCGAGGAAGGUUCGGAAGAGGACUCCCAAAGAAGGAGUUGCGUUGAGUGUAUGCUUUGCCACCACUUCUAUCCCUUCUGUGGCACCAAAGCGAGCACUGAUUGGUUGGUGGCAUCUCUUGUGAUGCCAUUCCUCAGCACUCAGUGGCCAGACAUAUGCGGUGCCGGUGGAAAGGGAACGUGGGGUAGACCUGGAAGUGAGUUGGUUGGAGUGGAGGAGGGGUUGGAAGACCCACACGAUCCCAACUAUGAUUCCGAUAGUGCGGACGUCUGCAAGUUUGAAGCGAUAACUCCUCCGCUCGAAGAGAAUGAAAUCGAGACCACUUUGACUCCCAUUUUGAGCGAAUACUUUGAAAAUGGAGACACCGAUGAAGUGGUGCUUUCUAUCGAAGAGAUCAAUUUGGGAGAGAAUUUGCAUCAAAUUCUUGUGAUAGCGGUUACACUUGCGAUGGAAAGGAAAGCCUCUAAUCGGGAGAUGACUUCUGUUCUCAUAUCUGACUUAUACGGACGUGUGGUUCACGAGGAGGACAUCGAACGAGGCUUUGAUAUAUUGCUUAAUAGUCUUCCGGAUCUAGUGUUGGACACACCGAACGCAUCGACUGUAUUGGGGAACUUCAUCGCCCGCGCGGUGGCCGACGAUUGCAUUCCUCCGAAAUUCGUUCAGCGAUACAAAGGAGUGGUUGAGUGCUCUCAGGCCCGUCUGGCCAUUGAACACGCGGACGUACUCCUCAGUAUGAAACAUGGCUUGGUCCGACUCGACAACGUCUGGGGUGUCAGCGGCGGCAUGAGACCAGUCAAGUACCUCAUCAAACAGAUCCAAUCACUUCUCAAAGAAUUUCUAUCUUCCGGAGACAUUGAAGAGGCCACCCGUUGUCUCCAAGAGCUGGAAGUCCCCCACUUUCAUCACGAGUUUGUUUACGAAGCAAUCGUUUUGAUCAUUGAAGACAUGGGCGAGAGAGCUAUGGAUCUCAUUUGCGCUCUUCUCAAGUCUCUCUCCUCUUCAGCGAUCGUCACUUUGGAUCAGUUGAGAAAUGGCUUUUAUCGUGUAUUCGAGGAGAUGCAUGAGAUAUGCAUUGAUGUGCCGCACGCCUACACUAUUCUCGAGAAGUUUGCACUCAAGUGUCAGAAGGAUGAGUUCGUGCCCAACGAUGUCCUCAAGAACUUGCCGUCGAGGGGACGAAAGCGCUUUGUGUCCGAAGGAGACGGCGGACGGGUUAAGGACGACGUCUACUGAGUUUGUGACCAAAAGACAAGACAUAAUCUAUAUCUCAAAAAAUGCAUAAAAUUAUCUCUUUAUAUAACUUUUGCCAAAUCCUAUGAUAUAAUUGUCGUAAUUAUCCUAUAAUUUGAAAGCUUUUUUGGGAUAUAUUUCGGUUUUUGUGUUUUUUAAUUGAUAUAAUUUUCUUUUUGAUUAUUUUUCGGUCAUUUAAUGAAAAAAUUCACUUAAAAUUAGAAAAACAAAAUAAAAAAAUCAAUUAUUAUAUAAAGCAUUAAAAGAUGAGAUGAUGUCUGAAUGUAAUGAGUGCUCAAAAUGACUGCUAAUUCGCUGACUUCUGUCGAUAAGAGUAGAGAACGGAACGGAUAAACGUUUUCGUGAAUUUACGGUACAAUUCAUUUCAAUUUGUAAUCUUAUAUAUGAGACAAAUGUUUGAACAUUAGAUUUCGAUUUAAAUUGUAUAAAACAACAAAUUAUAAUUAAUAAACACAUUGUCUUUUUCGAUAAUGUUGUGGAAAAUCAAUAAAAACUGUUAAAAGUGUAUA